CUCGAUAUCGGCAAUGCGCAUGCGUAAUGUAUUCUCAAAAUGGCCGCUAAAUUUGAAGAGAUUGUUUACAAAAUUUCAGUUUGGUGAUUUCAUUGAUAUUGAUUCUUUCAAGAUGAGAGCAGAUGAGCAAUAUCUUCUCGUUGUGUCUGUAAUAUGCGGAAGGAAGUUUCCGAAACGUCCAAGUCAGGAGCUAUUGGUGGAGUCUAAGUUUGAUGGAGAGCUUUUAGCCACAGACCCUGUCCAACACAGUGAGUCUCCAGAGUUUCAUACAGAGCUUGCUUGGGAGCUCAGCAAGAAGACGCUCCAUCAACAUCGUCUGCAGCGGACUCCCAUAAAGCUCCAGUGCUACUCCGUCAACAUACAGACCAAGACGAGGGAGAGCAUAGGAUAUGUUGUUCUUGAUCUAAGGUCUGCCUUGGUCAAGGACGCUGCCCCUGCCAAACUUCCAGUGGCUAGCAAGUGGUAUAAUAUACUGAACUCCAAGUAUCACAAGCACAAGCCCGAGAUACAGCUGGGGAUUUCCCUUGAGUUAGAUACACCUGUCAAGGAUGAAAGCUUCAAGGCCAGAGCAGCUCCACCAAGGAAGGGACAAGUCCCAUCUGUUCUGCCUGCAUCAGAGAUAGACCCCUCAACUCUAAAAGCAAUGCUCAACAAUGAGGAAGGGUUUUACAAGAUAGGACCAGAAGAGUCUUGCACUGAGAGCUUUGUCCUCUCGGUUACUAUUGCCUUCGCUGCAAACCUCUCACAGUUAGUCACGCCAGACAUCCCUCUGGCAGCACGACACAAAGGCUUCUUCUUUUCCUACGCCCUCCUGGGUAAUCAUGUGACCAACGAUAGCUUCCAUGACCUUAUGAACCCAACAUUCCCGGCAGAGAGAGCCUCGGUCAGACUGAAAAGCAGUGUGGACAUCCUGAGAGUUUAUUUUCAGCGUGAACCUCUCCUUCAGAUUCAUCUUUGCUGUGGUGAGACAACGAUAGGGACAGCUGACGUGCGCCUGAGCACCCUCCUCCAGCCCGGCAGUGAUGCCAUCAACAGACAGCCUCUGAUCAUUGAAGGUGCCUUCCAGAUCCUUAGUACCGCUCAGAAGCAUCAGAAAGACCCUCCAGUAGCCAGCAGCUCGUCCCCCUGUGUAGGAGCCUCGGUGGCUCUGAGACGAGAGGAGAUACCCUUGCAGCCACAAGUUGAGACAACAGAGAAAGCAGACAUGGGCCCACCUGCAGGUCAAGAAGCACCACCAACCCCACCCAAGAAGGAGAAGAAGAGAAGCGCUGACCCCGCCCCUGUCUCCCCUCCACAGGGUGAGGACAGCUAUGGGGGAUACAUCCCUCCCCAAGGGAGUUCUAGGACAGAGGAUGAUGCAGACACACUCAGAGAUUUGGAAGAGGAAGAAGGGGAGCUGGAGAGACAAGCUGCUCAAGCAAAACGGAAGAAAGAAGAUGUUAAAGUGAAUGCACCUGUUGCCAAGGGAAAAGCCAAGCCCAAGUCUGGUCCGGCUACAGCUAACGUCCAACUGGACUUCAUGGAUCUCUCCGUUCGUCACUUCUGUUUCUCCAUUGAUCUGAGGAGCAUCAAAGAUGUCAGCACACCAACAAAUCUCAGUGUCUAUCUUAGGUACACCUACCCGUUCUUUGGUAGCUCUUCCCCCGUCAUGACCCACCCUCCGGUGGAGGUGCGUAGACACACAGAGGUGCUCCUGCCACACUCAUUCUGUGCCUUUGACUUUGCUACAACUCCCCAACAGCUCAGAGAAACAUUGCUAAGGGUCCCGUUACUUGUAGAGGUAUGGCAUCGUGAUAAGAUGGUGAAGGACAGGUUACUGGGUGUAGCGAGAGUACCCCUAUCAGGGAUCAUCAAUGCAGACAGGGCCAGAAUUGCUCCUACCAGCACAGAUGCUCAAGAAGGCUGGAGACAGAUCUUCACAGAGCGAGUCGCAGCGGAGACCACCGAGGGUAGACCUACCAAGAUGGCCGAGCUUCAAGUUGUGCUAGGACUAGAGGACUAUGGUACUGUCAAGACACAGGAGGUCUACAUGGGACCUGGUACCGACAUGUCACAGACCACCAGUACAAGCAGCUCAACCCAACCACCAGUAAGACAGCAGCCUCCCCCACCCCCUUCCCAGGCCCCGGCUCCCCCAGACCCCAGGGAGACGGCAGAGUACAAGGCUGCUAUGGAGCUAGAGAUGUGGAAGGAACAACAGGCAGGGGUGUUUGAGAACCAGAUGAAAGAAAAAGAACUAAAUCAGCUUCAAUCACUAGCAGAAGAAUUCAAAAGGAGAGACAGGGAGAGAACAUUGGUAUUAAAGAAAAAGACUGAUGAGUAUGCUGGGCUGGAGGAACAAUUAAAGUUUGAUUUGGCAGAUGUGGAUAGGCGAGAACACCAGCUUGCCGCAAAUGAAGCAGAAGUAGUAAGACUCAGAGCAGAUCUGGAGAGGGAGCACCAACACAAGCUUGUAGAAAUGCAGGAGGCAUCGAGGAGAUUAAAAGAAGACUGCUUGCAUCAGAUAGAACUUGAGAAAUCUCGCGUACGUGUACUGGAGGAAGAGAAGAAAAGAUUGGCCAUUCAGCUAGCAGACGCUGAUCAGAGACUCGCCAAGAAAGAUCAGGUGUUUGAACAGUUCAAGCAAGAAUCUAGCAGUACGCCAGAGAUAAAGCUGCAGGCCCAAAUCAAUCUACUUACAUUGGAAAAGGUUGAACUAGAGCGAAAGCUCGAGUCGGUGACCAAGUCCAAGAUCCACUACAAGCAGCAGUGGGGCCGGGCCUUGAAGGAGCUGGCCAGGCUGAAGCAGAGGGAGGCGACGGAGGCCAAGCAGAGGCUCAAGAGACAGCAGCAGGAGCUGGAGCACAUGAGACUCAGGUACCUGGCCGCCGAGGAGAAGGAGGUGGCCAAGGAGGAGAAGAAGGAGCUGCAGGAGAUCAAGGGAGAACUCAGCAGAUUAAAAGAUGGAGAACUGAGCAAAGAGAAGCAGCAACAGCAGCCAACCUCACAACCAGGAGAAGUAGACAUGAACUCAGAAGUCCACCCACAGGGAGGCAUGCACCACGCAGAGGAUGCAGCGCUUGAGGAACAUGUGGCGAGGUUGAUAGAAGAGAGAGAUACGCUGUUGAGGACUGGGGUUUAUACACAUCAAGAUAGGAUUAUCAGUGAACUAGACAAGCAGAUAAGACAAGCCAUUGCACAGAAGGCAUCAUGACAGCGAUGAUAGAGGGAAGGACAGAUACUGAUAGAUAGAAAGAAAGAUUAAGAGGAAUCGAGAGAAGAGAGAGAGAUACGCUGUUGAGGACUUGGGUUUAUACACACCAAGAUAGGAUUAUCAGUGAACUAGACAAGCAGAUAAGACAAGCCAUUGCACAGAAGGCAUCAUGACAGCAAUGAAAGAGGGAAGGACAGAUACUGAUAGAUAGAAAGAAAGAUCAGGAGGAUUCAAGGGAAGAGAGAGAUACGCUGUUGAGGACUGGGGUUUAUACGCAUCAAGAUAGGAUUAUCAGUGAACUAGGCAAGUAGAUAAAGCAUGGUGAUAGCAGUGAUAGAUGCGAAGGACAAAUAGAUGGAAACAUUUUGAGGAAGAGAGUCGAGAGAAGAAAGAGAUACCUUACCAAGGGGUAUGAGAUCAGUACAUAGACCGAAUGAAAGAUGGAGGAACAUGUUCAAAGAACAGAAGAGGCCAGGAAACAAUGGGGUAAAAAAUAUAGAGAAUGAGAGAAGCAAUAAAGAGGGAGCUAAGAAAAAGGUGGGUUAAGAGUGUGAUGAAACAUGGAAAGAGAAAGACAGAGAGAAAAACAAGAAAAACA